AUGACCACCCUACUCACUACCACUCGGCCCGAUGCUCCCACUGUAACAGCAGUGCCAUCUACUGCCCAAACCACCCUUCAAACGACUCCUGCGCAAACGACGGCGAUCCACGCACCAACCGCCUAUGUCAACAUCAGCUGUUCCAAAUCAUACUCACUUGCUGAGGCUGCAGGUGUUGGCGUCGCUGCCGGAGCCAUUGUUGCUUCAAUCAUCGUUUUGGCCUUCAUCUUCAUUCGUCGCCGCCAGACCCGGGCCCGCAAGAUCUCGCCCACAGUCAGCCCAAACGUUCUCGUGACAGGACCAAUGGACCACAAUAGAGAUGAGUGGGAGAAGGAUCGCGAGGGAUCGAAGGAUGCUAUUGUGAAGGGGAACGGAAGCCUGAAGUACAAGGAGCCACCGAUGUAUACGAAGUUGGUAUAA